AUUUGGAUAAGUCUUCAUGCUGCUGUAGGAUGCAUGGAUUGAGGCCAGUAGGGGUCGCUCGCUUUCUGGUCAUGUGGUUAGGAAAUGCACCUGCUGGCGCGCAUGAUCCCCAAACCAAAGGCCAAUCCGGCAGAAGCGGUCAGAUGUCAAUUAAAGUCAGGACGGGCGGCUGUGGCGCUGCUCUUGUUCUGAGGGCAGCCUGGCCUGUGGCGCGCGGGCUCCGCUCUCCACGCCGCUGCGCUAAUCCGUUUAUGGAGCACCUGGGACCGUGGACGGCAAUAACAUGCGCUUAUCCGUCGCCACCGCGAAACACGCACAUCUGAGCACAGCAAUGCGAUAAUGCACACAUCCCAGAGGACCAGAGGGCCACUAUACCCCCUGAUUGAACUGUCGACGUCUCUGGGUUGAUAGCUCUAAGAUGACAGCCAGCGUAUUUGUCACAUUAGCCUGAAGGAGAUCAGACAAAAGCGGACGAGGACAUUCUCGUUUUUAAUGACUACUUCAGUCUGUUUUAGCAACAUUUUUCUUUUCUUUUCUUUUAUUUUUUAGUAUUUUAUAGUGAAUUUGAACUCAUUUCAUAUGUUCAGAAUGCGUUCUGUUUGAACAGUUGUGAUAGUUUAUCUGUUUGAUUGAUCAGGGUUCUCUCUGAAUGAACGGGGGCCUGUUUGACUGACGUGAGUUUCUCAAUGAGCUCCUGCAAAGAAAAGGCACUUCAGUGACUGCGGGGAACAGAGGAGGAGCAUCUGAAUGUGAGAUGGAGAGAGUGAGAGAGAAAUGCGGAGUAAUGCAAGAGAAUGAGUGGGAUGGAUGACUAUAUUGAAUGUCUCUGCGUUAUAAAUAACGCUUCUUCACAAUUGUAUUCGUCUCCACAGACAGCUUUUACGGCACUCUCGGCGUCAUACCCUGCUGAGACCCCCGCAAGCUGCUCCUUUCAUUCUGUAGAGACUCUACUGUCCACAUGCAUACAAUAAAUACCUCUGUGCUGUGCAGCUUUUUUUUUUUGUUUUUUUUGUUGGGGGGGGUUACGUGAAAGUUGGGGUUUGGAGAGGAUUCGUGUUCAAUACCAAUAGAUAAAAGACGGUUGUGGCAGAAGAAAGCAAGAUGGAGCAGCUCGGCAGUGUUUCCCAGCUUGUUCCUGGAAGCUUCCCAACUCGUCCCAGGGCUUUUUGGAUGUCUACCUUAUCUGACGCUUCCCUAUUAACCAUUUAUGAGUUUAACAAGGUGCAUUUGAUAAGCAAGACAUCCAAAUUGUCUACUUGUGGACAGCUUCCGGGAACAGAGUCAAAAACCACGUCUCCAAUCCACUGCAUUGAACAAAACUGAAAUGUUAUCAAUUACUUGAAGAGAACGUCAGUAUUAUCUUCCAGAUUGUUCUCAGCAUCACCGUUUAUGUCUGAGGGUGUUAUCGGUGACACAUCCCCUUGAACUCCCGAGGUCACGGCACAAGAAAGUUUAAGGAUUUGGACCAAUCAGAAGGCCUUCUCAAGUCUUUAGACCCUCCCUCUUUGACCAAUCACAGUCGUCGAUGGGUAGAAGGAGCCAGCAACUCAACAACUGAUAAAAUGUUUCGCCACUGAUCACCGUUCCAAUUCUCAACAACAAGUGUGUCAACAACAACGGAACGAAGCUCUGAGAGUUUUAUCUUCCAAACUGCGUUGAGAUAAACCACAAUUGAAAACCUGGAUAUCCGUGAUUAACUUCCGAGGACUGGCGGCGACGUUUUGACUUUUGAAGUUGACUUUUCGUUUUCAGCUGAAGACUUGAUACUUCAGCAAUCCACUGACACUUGAAGAUCAGCGCUUCUCCUUUGGGAUAACUUCGGUUUAUUCAUCAAGUGCUCCGUGCACCCGUUUCUUUCUUGCAGAGGAGAUAUGACCGCAUUAGCGGGGGGCAUUUCCAGGAUGAUGCGCCCCACGCCACCCCAGAACUACCCGAGAGGAGGCUAUUCCUUGGAGGUCUCAACGCCGUUAGGUCAGGGCCGCGUGAACCAGCUCGGCGGAGUCUUCAUAAACGGACGCCCUCUGCCCAAUCACAUCCGCCACAAGAUAGUAGAGAUGGCCCAUCACGGGAUACGACCGUGCGUCAUCUCCCGACAGCUGCGCGUGUCGCACGGAUGCGUGUCCAAAAUUUUAUGCAGGUACCAGGAGACCGGAUCCAUUCGGCCCGGUGCUAUUGGUGGCAGCAAACCCAAGCAGAGCACAACUCCCGAUGUGGAAAAGAAAAUCGAAGAAUACAAAAGAGAGAAUCCAGGGAUGUUCAGCUGGGAGAUUCGGGAUAAACUUCUGAAAGAUGGGAUCUGCGAUCGAAAUAACGUGCCCUCAGUGAGUUCCAUCAGCCGCAUGCUGCGCUGUAAAUUUGGUGGAAACGGAGAUGAAGAUGAGGAUGAUGAUGAAGUGGAAAAAAGAGAGAUCGAGGAAAACGAAAGAAGAGCCAAACACAGCAUCGACGGGAUUCUCGGCGACAGAUCAAGCCACUCAGACGAGGGUUCAGAUGUGGACUCAGAACCGGGUUUGCCGUUAAAGAGGAAACAGCGGCGCAGUCGGACCACGUUCACAGCUGAGCAGCUGGAGGAGCUGGAGAGAGCUUUCGAACGCACCCAUUACCCUGAUAUAUACACCAGAGAAGAGCUCGCUCAGAGAGCUAAACUCACCGAGGCACGAGUACAGGUUUGGUUCAGUAAUAGAAGAGCUCGCUGGAGGAAGCAGGCAGGAGCCAAUCAGCUCAUGGCGUUUAAUCACCUGAUACCUGGUGGUUUCCCACCCUCUGCGAUGUCGAGUCUUCAGCCCUAUCAGCUGGCGGACAGCCCUUACCCUCCCUCAUCUAUCUCACAAGUAUCGGAGCAGCCCAGCACUGUGCACAGGCCUCAGCCUCUUCCCCCCACCUCAGUGCAUCAGACUGGGCUUGGCAGCGGACCGGGGGCCCAGGAGGGAAGUUCGGCCUACUGCCUCUCCUCUGGACGUCAUGGUUUCUCUAGUUACUCUGACGGCUAUGUGGGCGCGCCGGGCCACGCAAACCCAGUGAACCCCACCAUCAGCAACGGCCUCUCAUCACAGGUGAUGGGGCUGUUGAAUCCGGGUGGAGUGCCGCACCAGCCGCAGAGUGAUUUUGCCCUCUCUCCGUUGACGGGCGGUUUGGAGCCCAGCACAGGCAUGGCUCCCAGCUGCCACUCUUCUCAGAGACUGGAGGCUCUGCCAGGCCUGCCCAGCAUGCCAACUCUGCCCAGCUCUCAGUCCUACUGCCCCUCCAGCUACAGUUCACCCGGGUACAGCGUGGACCACGUGGCGUCUUACCAGUACAGCCAAUACGGGCAGAGUAAGGUGCCUUUCAUUAUCUGAAACCCAGCAUUGACUGAAUGAAGACAGACAGGAAGGAGAUGAAGAGAUCUAUGGAUGGUCUGACCGUAAACUCUUGCACUUGAGCUCUCCUUCACCUCUUGAAUGUUUGACCAAAAUGACCAUCCAUCCUCAAACUCCUGCUCGAGGAGCGCUGAGGAGAGGCCAGCGGUGCCGGCGGUCCUCUCUUAACGCCUGUGGGUCCAAAGUGCAACAGAGUUGUUUUUACGAGGGGGAUAUUGCGGGUGGGCUUGGGUUGGGUUUAGAACCAGGACUGAGAACGGGUUAGUUUGACCAUUUAGACCUGGAGGAAACAGCCUCUCCAUAUUUCCAUCUCAUUUUGGAGCAGGCAACAGCAUCACACGCUCUGACGACACUUGCCGCCUCCUUCCCGAAGAGCGACAAGCCAUGGGACUCGAGGAGGACAAAGGGAAAGGACAAAAAAAGGACAAAUAAACAACUCAAAGACUGAGACUGUGCUUAUAAACAGCAUGGAAUGGCAGGGAAGAGUGUGGUGCCAUACUCUGAUAUCAGCUGUCCACUGACGGACGCACUUUAGUGGCUGGUCUAUGACAACUCGACAGUGACUCUUUGUUUGAGACACAUCUUGUUUGACUUUGUUGAUAUUUUCAGGAAAUAAGGGCUUGGAAAAGACAGGUGUGCCAACUUUCCUUAUUUCUCAUUCAUAAAUAAAUGACUGAAUACACAAAAACAUGCUCACAUUUGGCACAGCACUCUCAGGUCCUCUUCAUAGAGAGAAAGAGGGUGACCUAAACGGAAUGCACUCAAGUGUCCGAAGGCAUUUCACCAGCCCUCUGUAGUGCAGAUAGACUAUGUCAUCUGAGCACACACAAAAUAGCUUAUUAUGAGACAGACGUGAUGUUCAGAAUGGAAUACUAUUGUACUGCUUAUUGCAUACUGUAUACUACAGUAUAUAGUAAAAUAAUGCAAUGAAAAGUAGUAUGCUACCUUGCAAAUGCGGUUGCAUUUUUAAUCUAAUUUAGUGUAAAAACGUCUGAUGACGUGUCAAGAAAACAAAAAUAAAAUAUUUAAUUUACUGGUUACAGUGGAAUAGGAAAGUCAAGUCGAAUGCAUUGCAUUGUGGGAUAUAAUAUUGUGUAGAAGGUCGUCUAGUUAGUUUUGCAUGCAGAAACAAUUGCACACGAUAUGCAUAGUGCAUACUGAACAUUAGUAGUAUGGUAGUAUGCUAUUCUGAACAUUCAGAGAGACCCCCGAACCCAAGGAAAGUGCAAUACACACUCAAUACCUCAUAAACACUCAUCUGUUCUCACUUGCUCACGAAAAUCAUCUGUUCUUAAACUCUGAUUGUUUUUCAUGCAAAGAAAAGAUUCCAGAUGAUGCAGCGUUUCAUAAUGUCGAUGGAUGUCACCUUUAUUUUUACUCUGCAGUUUGGAGAAGAUCUGCAGAUGAACUUCUUUGUUCUGUCUCUGUAACAUAACGUUCUUGUCUUAUUUUUUACCUUGUUUUUAUACUUUCAUGUUUUUGUUGUUCCCGACUGCAUAUAAUUGUUGAUGGAUAAUGUGUAAAAUGCAGCACUAUUUACUAUUUAUAAGAAAAAAAUUAAUAAAUUGCAUUCAAGCUUAUUGUGUUUUUUAUAUUUGCCAUCUUUUUUUGCUUUCUCUUGUUUCCUCUUUCGCCUUUUUUUAAUAAUCUUUCUACAUUUGCUUGUGGGAAUAAACAACAAAUUGCAUUAUUUUCCUGGAUCAUGUUUAACAUUUUCAAAAUCAUUCUGCACCUGUAUAAAAUAACAAAACCAUGUAUGAAAUGCUGUUUUAGGAAAAUUAGCAUGACCGUUCACAAUAACUAUCAGAUUUAUUCAGCCUUCAGCUUCACAGAGCACUUUUAUUCAUUUAGAAAUAUAUUCAGUUUCAUAAAAACACUCUUUCAUGACAAAGUCCUUCU